AUGCCGCGCUCGUCACGGAGGCGCGGUGCGGAGCGCUCGCGGCUCUCGGCAGCGAGAGGCGUGCGGAGCCCGGCCCGGGCCGGGUCGGCCGAGCGCAGGCGGUGGGGCAGGGGCUACGGAGUGAGCCGCUCUCCGCGGGUGCGGGUGUUUGGGCCGAGCAGAGAGGAAACAGCGUGGGUUCCCCGCAGAUCGGGUCUGGGCAAGGAAAGAGCCAACUCGUGCCGGAGCGGUUGGACGUGCCGAGGCAGCACAGCGCUGGCAGCGCUCCCCGGGAAGGGCUCCAGGGCCUCCCACCGCCAGCCGCAGCCCUUCCAUCCGCAGCUGCCACCAUCCCUUUCCCGCACCUCAGGAGCAGCUGGAGCCCCGCGGCGCGACCCUGCCCCGGAGGCAGCGGUGCCGCCGAACUCGUGCCGAAGUCACAGCGGGCAACCGGCAGAUGGAAAAUCCCCGCUCUUCCCGCACAGGAGCACGUCGGGAACGGGCAGAGCGGUGCCUAAGCGCGGACGGAGAUCGCCGUGGGAUCCCUCCCUCGUGGCCCGCCCGCACCGACCCGGGAGCUCCUGCCCCCGCGUGGACUCGGCCCCAUCUGGGGACGGAGCCGCCGAGGAGAAGCGGUUUCUGAAAGGCGGUCCCGGGCCGGGCUCGGGAAAGGGCUGCGGGGGUGACCGAGAGCAGGCGUACUGCGAGCUGGAGCACGUCCUGGGGGAAGAGGACAGCCGCCCACCAUGCGGAGUGGUGAACCGGCUGCUGGCUGAGGUGUCCCAGGACCUGACAGCAGCCCAGGGCGUGACGGACAGCGUGAGAAUGGCUGCCAGCAAUGUCCUGGUGGCUCUGGCCCGGACUCACUUCUCCAUGGUGAUGGCCGAGCUCCAGGGCCACCUGAAGGCCACACGGGAGAUGUGCAGGGAGAUGUGCAAGGAGUUUGUGCUCGUCACCCUGAGCAAACUCUUCAGCAUCUGUGCUCCACAGUGCAUCUCUUUUGUGUGGCUGACGCUGGCCGGCCUGUGCAGUGUGGUGGGCCGGGUGAGGAGCGGCCGGACCCUGCGCACUGCUUGUGCUGUUGUGAAACAAUGGAUGGACGGAAUCGAGAGUCACUUGUCCUCCAAAAAGCACAGCCCCUGGCCUGCCACAGAGAAAGAACAAAUGUAUGAGAAUCUUCAUGAGCUCUUCUUCUUUGUGGUGAGCAACUGGCAGGACUGCAAGGAGGAAGAGGACAGACAGGCCGUUCUCGGGGCUGUGACUGCCAUGAUGACUGUCCUCCUGCAAGAGGAGCUGCCCCGAGAGCACGUCUGGGAGCGGCUCCUCUGGCUCGUGCACCCGUGUCAGGAGAUGCAAGACACCUGCAGGGUGGCCAAGAGCCUUAUUAUGUUCCUGGAGGCCUUACAGGGAGUUCAGUCUGUCAUCCGUAAGGACAAGUUUCUGGUCAUCACCAGUGCCGUGUUCUAUCAGCUCUCUGAUGACGUCAAGCAGCACAGUGAGGCUGACAGAGCAGAGCUGACCCGCUGCAUCCUGCUGCAGGCCCGAAUCUGCCCAGAGGAAACGGUCCUGUUUCUGCAGUCGCAGCUGGGCGAUGAGUGGGAGGCUGGAUGCGUGGCAGCCCUGGGUCUGCUCAGUUCUCUGGCUCGCUCUGAUGAGCCUGCGAUGACAGAGAAGCUGCCACAGAUUACAGAGGCUGUGCAGCGUGUGUGCAGUGACCCCAGGACCCGGGUGAGGAGGGCCGUGCUGCACUUCAUUGAGGAUCUGCUCAGCACUAACACCUGGAGCUGCUCAGCCUGGGAUGUGGUGGGGCACAUCUUCAGGGAGUUCAGCCGCACCACAGGAAGAAGGGCAGCCGGAGACCUUUCUGCCCAGGAAGCCCAGGAAGAAGGAGCUCUCCAAGAGCUGUGUAUGGACAUCCUGGGGUCACUGGAUGUCUCUGCGAGAGGGAUCUCCAAACUCCUGUGGCCAAGGCUGCUGCUGUACGUGGUGCCAGCCCAGUACACCGGCAUGCUGAUCCCGGUCUCCCGCUGCGUCCAAGCCCUGGCCAAGAGAGGGGAGCUGACGGUGCGGGACAUGGAAGAUCUGGAUCCCCACUUCCUCAGCUCCAUGUUUCAAGGCCCACUGCUGACUGCCCAGACACUGCUGGCACGUCUGCUGGUGGUGGCAGGGAGCCCUUCUGCAGGCAGCGAACUCCAAGCCGCUGCCUUGCUGCUCCUGCAAAACCUCCACAGCAAGAUCCACAGAGCUGUGGGGGCCAAGUGGGCUGCUGAGAUCCCCCUGCUGCUGCAGCGCCUUGAAGUAAAAUUCAACUCCACGAUCCGUUGA